CCCUCCACCACCGCGCAACAGCGGCCAUUCCAGCUCCAUCAUCCUCUCUCCAACCCUCCGAGCCCUUUCCCAAUACCCACCUAACCCACCACCACCAUGCCCCCCAUCACAAUCCCCCAAUUCCUCCUCCCCCGGGGGGCGCCCUCCCCGCUCACCCUCCGCGCGCUGAGCCAACAAACCACCUACAGCAUCACCACGCAGCGCUGCUCCUCCUCCAAAUCCAACCAAAGCCAACCACGCGUGCUCGCCAAACCCGACAAGUUCCGUCCGCCCUCGCACCCCGCGCGUCGAGUCGUGCAAACCCGCAAUGGAAAGGUCAUGAACCCCGGCCCGAUUAACUAUCCGGGCCCGAAGCUCAGCGAGAAGGAAAAGGAGGAGCAGAGGAAUAGACAGUACCCGAAUAUGUUCCCGCCCGAGGGAACGGUCAUGCAUAAGUUUUUGACGAAUCGGUGGAUUCAUAUUUGGAUUGCGAUGGGCGUGUUAACCUCCCUAGCUACGUUUACGUUCACGACAAACUUCAAGCGCUCGUCGCCAUUUGCUCAUUUGCUGCCGCCGUGGUCCGGGCUGUUGAGUCAUCCGAUCGAUACGAUUUCGCAGGCCGUUUCGGUGUUUCGGAUGCAUGUGGAGCAUAAUUCGAUGGAGACGAGGGAGAAGCGGAGGAGACGAGUGGAUGAUGCGGAGAAGAGACGGCAGUAUCGCAUUGCUCAUGGAAUGGAGGAGCCGGAUGAGAGGGAUGAGGUUAAGGUCGAAGGGACGGAGCAGGGUGCUGUGGAUGAUCAGUCGCCUGUGGCGGUGGAGCAGCAGGGUCAGGAUGAUAAGAAUGUGUAUGUUGAUUGGGAGGGCAACAAGAGGCCCGUUAAGAAGUGGUUGGGAAUUUGGUGAGAGGGGUUGGUUGGUUGGCCCGUGGGCUUUCCCUGGUUUAACUAGAUGUCGUGGAAUUAUCAUGUGAAGACCGGUUAUGGAGAUUGUAUAUUAGCCUUUGAUUGUCCUUUAUGCCCUUUCGUGCUCUGCUAUGUACAAGUUGGGUUCUAGUCGGUUGCCCUAUCUUCAUGGCGAUAUAUCAUUGAUUUGCUUCAUCUC